CCGCUGUCCUACACCAUGCAGGUUGGUCUGUCAUACGUUAGCUCGUCUAAGAAAUCGAGCAACUAUCUUUUAGUACAGCUGCCGAGCCUGCAGUGUUGCAUUGCCGUUGCUAGAGAAUGUGCUCAAGUCAUCCGCCGCUUACUGAUGUUGUCUGGAGAUGUAGAGACUAAUCCGGGUCCUGUUACCUCAAGUGAAAUCCUAAGCGAAUUGCAGAAGCUGUUUGCAGGUCAAACUAAACUCAUCGAGGAGGUAAAGGGCCUAAAAAGUCAGCUGCAGAUAACCGAUAGGACCAUAUCGGACCUAGGCAGGCGGAUGACUGACCUGGAGGGUCAUUACCAAGGCCUUUCCACGCUACGUGCUGAGGUGGAGGCCACGGUGACCAGGGCCGCCCACGCGGCUCGUCAGGUCUCUGACCUUGAGGCCCGUGUGGACGACACUGAAAAUCGAUCCCGACGAAAGAAUCUAAUAUUUUAUGGUGUGCCCGAUCUCUCACCUACAGAGACUUUUGCCCAGUCCGAACAAAAAAUCAUUCGCCUUUGCUCUGAACUUUUUGAUGUAACAUUAGACUCGAAAGAAAUAGAACGUGCCCACCGCCUCGGGCGUCAUUCGGUCGAGCGUCCACGACCAAUAAUAGUGAACUUCUCCUUUUUCAAAACUAAAGAAGCCAUCCUUUCGAACGGCCGUAAACUAAAAGGUACUAACUUCAGCAUGGGCGAAGAUUUUUCCCGCUCAGUUCGCAACGCACGGAAGCACCUCCUUGCCUUUGCUAGAAGCAAAUCUGCUCCCUUUUCUUUGCGCUACAAAACACUGCUCAUCGGCGCAAAACGUUACGUUUUCGAUGAAUCAUGCCAAUCAGUCAAAGAAAUCUCAUAGCAAUCGCACCGUCAACAGAAAAUUACAACACGCCCCCAACGUGCCCCUCGAACUAAUCUUUCUUUUUCGGUGAUCUUUACUAACAUACGCAGCUUUCUUCCGAAGCGCGAACUCGUAUCUGGCGUUGUAUUAUCUUCUGAAUGCAAUGUACUUGUGCUCACUGAAACUUGGCUAACCAGUGAUGUUACUGACUCCGAAGUUUUAGCGUACCUGCCAAAUUUCCGUCUCUUUCGUAAUGAUCGCAAAGGUACUCGCGGGGGAGGUGUUCUCAUUGCCGUAAACCAUCAAAUACCAUGCACUACUAUUAACACUUCAUCCGAUCUGGAAAUACUCUGGCUCAUCUGUCAUGCCGCUCCUGAAACAGUGCUGUUGGGUGUCUGUUACAGG